CCUGUCGACUCUUCACUUCUCAGAAGUACAUAAACUUCCGCACACGCGAUGAAUUUCUCCAAUUGUGCAUCAUUCCGCUCAUUAUAUAAUAAAGGUACGCGUCACCUGGACCCGAUUCGAAAUCUGCUAGUCACUCGUGGACGUGGACGUGGACGUGGAGGUGAAAUUCGUCAGUUUUUAAAGCGAUAAUUGCUUACACAUAAAAUUGAAAGUUUAUUAUUUAUAAAUUUGUUAUUUGUGUGCGAAUCGAAUGUGAAAGUAAAAUAUUUCCGAAUUAGAAACCGAAUUUUCUCACCUGCAACAAGGAAGCUUGGCGAAAUUUAUUAAUUAAUUUACGCUUCAAACAAUAUACCGUGCAAAUUAAAUUCGAAACCUAGAUUCACCUCCCCUCGUCCUCUCCUCGUUAGCUCUCCUUCUUGUGGGCAUUAUUGUUAUGAAAGUAAAACACGGAAGUGUAACCGGUAUUGAGGUCGAUAUAAAAAGCAAAUCAACCGAACCCUCCCCUCAUUCUUAGUUCGUUCCACAUUUACACCAACCGCACAGUUGAGCAGCUGUGUGUUAUCGUAAUGAAGAAGUUUCUCGUCCUUAUCAGCCUGGCAGUCGCCGUGGUAGGGCUGCCCAACAAACCGGCCGCCUCCAAGGCCCACCACCACCAGGAAGUCGCGUUCAAUGAUGAUGACCUAGUUCAAGCCUUCGUCACCAAACGUGGCGGCGAUGACCUCAUGUCCUCCCUGUCUGGCUCGGUGGUGAAACAGAUGCUCAAAAAAGUCUUGGAGUCUCCCAUGUUGAAAAAACUCGCGACCCCCGACGUUCUCAAGACUUUCUUAAACUCCGAAAAUACCGGAUCGGGUAUCUUCUCCCAAGAAAAUUUGGACCUUAUCAUCAACUCUGACGUGUUCAAGAAUCUCGCCACCCCAGCCAUGGCAAAUAUCGUGUUGGAAUCUAAGGCCGCGAAGAAUUUGGUCAAUAAAGACAUCAUGAAGUUGAUCAGUCAUCCCACAAUUGUCAACUUUUUCACGGCCGACCUCGUCACCAAAGUUUUGAAUGCGGACGUCGUCGUCAAUAUUAUUGACCCGGAACUCUUCAAGUGGGUGCUGGACCAGUCGUUGACCAAGAAUUUGUUCACAGGAGUGAAUUUGAACGGGUUCAUGACCACGAGGGCGUUCAAGGCCUUGGUCAAUUAUCAAUUCUUCCAUCAUUUGUUCUACUCGGAUGUGGGGAAGGCCAUGUUUACGCCCGGGUUGGCCAACGGGUUUUUGAAUAAUGACCAAAUUGCGGGACUUUUUUCGCCGGCGAAUAUGGGGGAUUUCUUGAAGUCGCCGGUCGCACUGCAGCUCGCGAAUCCGGACGUUAUCUUGUCCGCGUUUGAUACGAAGGUGGCCAAGGCCGCGUUGUUGCCGGCUUUCUUGCACGAGGUCUUUUAUGCGGAACCGUUUACGAAGCUUUUCAGUCCGGACUUGAUUGAAAAGGUGUUGAAGACGGAUGCGGUUAAGGCCGCUACCACCUCGGACGCGUAUGCUGAUUAUAUCGGAGCACCAGCCUGGAAGGCAUGCGCGAAUGAGGGCGUUUUCGCCAAAUGGGCGGCGACUGACCCGGUCAAGAAUGCCGUUAAGAAUCCUGCCAUCAAGACCGCGAUCGACCAACUUUACAAGGCUGUCCCGGGAUAAGAAGGAGUAGAAGAGCAAGUGAAAAUGAAAAUAACUCUGGUUCAAAAUUUUGCUAAUUUCUUAAAAAAAAUGUUUUUCCGUUCUUGAUUUUAUUUAAUAUUUCGAACCUAUUUAUCCCUCUUUCUCGGUCUGACAUUUAUUUUGUAUUUAUUUUUUUUUGCGAAACUAAAACAGAAUUAAAAAAUAUGUGGUG